AUGACAUCACCUACGAUUUUCCCAACUACAUCUUCUCACUCCAGCAACCAGUCUGUUCACUCUUCCUCACAAAAUACAGAGGCUCCAUCUCAUAAUUCAGCUAUUCCCUUACUCCCCAUUCAGAACACCACGGCCCAACCUUCCCAUCCCAUGCAAACAAGGCUAAACUAUGGAAUUUCCAAACCAAAGCAAAUCAUGUCUCUACUAACCACCACACCUCAUAAUUCUACCCCGAAUACCUAUGCUCAGGCCGUCAAGCAAUCCCACUGGCGUCAAGCAAUGUCCGACGAGUUUCACGCACUUCAGAAACAGGCUACUUGGACACUCGUUCAACCACCGGCCAAUACACCCAUUCUUGGGUGCAAAUGGACAUUCAAAACCAAACUUCUUCCCAACGGAUCCGUCGACAAAUAUAAAGCAAGACUUGUCGCACAAGGCUAUGAUCAGCAAUACGGUAUUAACUACAACGAGACGUUCAGCCCCGUCGCAAAAAUGACCACAAUUCGCAUCCUCCUUACUCUGGCCGUCAACUGA